AAUCAGUGGGUGAGGGGGACACCAGACUGAAGUGGCGGCGAUGCGCUCUCUCUGGAUCUGUCCUCUGCGCGGUUCUGUUUUCUGUCUCGGCCCAGGGAUACAAUUAUUCGUUCAUUGGUUGGUCUGUGUCUGGUGCUGAUGAGGUAUCUGCCGUGGAAGGGGCCUCCGCUGUCUUACCCUGCACUUUCACCCACCCACACACUGACCUCACCCUCACCGGCUCCGUGAUCUGGUUCAGGAGGGAAUCAGAUGUUGAUAAACCGGUGUUUAACUGCACGUAUCCCAAUUCCGGCCCCUCCCGGUGCGAUGGAGCGACUCAGGAGGCCGGAGGAGGUCGGUUCAGAUUGGUGGGGAACCUCAGGCAGAGGGAUGCCUCGAUAAUGGUGGAGCGCCUGAGCCGGGAGGACGGUGGUCGGUAUCGGUGCCGGGUGAAGCUCAAUGUUGGAACGUUUCAAACUUUGAUUCUAACGGCCCUGUCUGUGAGAGCUCCUGAUGGCAACGGCUCAGUGGUGACCGGGACUGAGGGAUCUUCGGCUACGUUACCCUGUGUGUUCACACGGUAUCAGUUCUACCACAACCUACACACGGUGACGUGGGUGAGGAAGGAUCCCUACCGACACAUCGUCACCUUCAGACACCAUAGAAAUGGGUCCUGGGCAGCGGAAAACGGAGUGACUCGGUACGAGCUCGUCGGCGACCCAGAGCAGGGAAACGCCUCGACCAGGAUCAAGCAGCUGAGUGCGGAGGACAGUGACGGGUACCUGUGUCUGGUGGAGUUCAGGAAACCGGACUAUUACCGUUAUCCGUUCUUCGGCCACAACCCCGACUACAAAAUAGACCACCCGUUUAUCCAUCUGUCGCAGUGUGAGGUCCGUCUGCGGGUCAGAGCUGUUUCAAAGGCUUUCCCCGCUGUGAUUCUGUGUACUCCACUUGGAUUGAAAACCCUCGCCCUUUUAGUGAUGUGCGUCGUUUUCUACAGUGAAAAACGCAGGAAGGGGCGAGACUGAUCCAUCGCAGGAGGCUGUGGAGAGUUCUCCAACUGACUCGCCCGCCCCGCUCUGAAACCCCACCCCCCGCCGAUCUCAGCUGCACUCGCCGACGGCAGGUUUUCAGCUCUGUUUUCUGGCAUUCUGCCGCACCGACGCACUUACAAUUCCCUUUUUAAAUGUUAUGCGGCAGUGUAAUAAAACUUCCAGUCAAUCCGCUGAGUUUCAAGGGAGCACGGGGAUAUGGUGUCCGCCGAGUUUGAACGGAGUGAGGGUACCGGGGUCCCUCUCUGGUGUGUCCCAACAUCUGCCACCCAUUUAUCCGUUCACCCCAACUUGUCUGGAUCACACUGGAGCCGUUUUGCAAACUCCUCCUCAUCUCCUCCCCAAUAGUUGGGACUCAAGCACGGAUCCGUCUGGUACCCCACUAGUGAACCCCCACCAGCUACCACCUGGGAGGAGACCCAUUUACUCCUGCUCUCUGUGUCCUGUCUGUCUCACACUGCUGCAUUUGGCAAGAAGUGAACAUUUCCCGAAAAUCCCCCCCCCCCCCCCCCCCCGAGUUUCAUUGGAGAACUUUCCUAUAUUAAAGGUG